GGUGCGCUGGAAUGCCGUGCCUAGGGCGGAAGUGCUCUCGGCGGAAGUGAUCCUCUGUGAGACUCGUGGGUGGGAUGGCGGCGGGCCGACUCCUUCUAAGUCGGCUUCGAGCACCCCUCAGUUCCAUGGCCCAGAGCCCACUCGAGGGCGCUGCCUCCUCCAGAGGCUUGCAUGCGGGGCGCGGGCCCCGAAGGCUCUCCAUCGAAGGCAACAUUGCUGUGGGAAAGUCCACCUUUGUGAAGUUACUCACGAAAACUCACCCAGAGUGGCAUGUAGCUACAGAACCUGUAGCAACAUGGCAGGAUAUCCAGGCUGCUGGCGCCCAAAAAGCCUGUGCUGCCCAAAGUCUUGGAAACUUGCUGGAUAUGAUGUACCGGGAGCCAGCACGAUGGUCCUACACAUUCCAGACAUUUUCCUUUAUGAGCCGCCUCAAAGUCCAGUUGGAGCCCUUCCCUGAAAAGAAGCCAGUACAGAUCUUUGAGAGGUCUGUGUACAGUGACAGGUAUAUCUUUGCAAAGAAUCUUUUUGAAAAUGGUUCCCUCAGUGACAUCGAAUGGCAUAUCUAUCAGGACUGGCAUUCUUUUCUCCUGCAGGAGUUUGCCAGCCGGCUCAUAUUACAUGGCUUCAUCUACCUCCAGGCUACUCCCCAGGUUUGCUUGAAGAGACUACACCUGAGGGCCAGGGAGGAAGAGAAAGGAAUUGAGCUGGCCUAUCUCGAGCAGCUUCAUGGUCAACACGAAGCCUGGUUUAUUCACAAGACAACUAAGCUCCACUCUGAGGGUAUGCUGAACAUUCCAGUGCUGGUAUUGGAUGUCAAUGAUGAUUUUUCUGAAGAAGUAACCAAACAAGAAGAACUCAUGAGCAAGGUAAACACCUUUGUAAAGAAUCUGUAACCAAUUCCAUAAUGUUCUGGCUGUGAUCUGGGCUCUCUGAGGUUCUGAAGCUAGAAAAAUGUUGCAUCUUCCACCCAGCUUUCUACCCCUAGCGUCUUUCACCCCUAGAGUACUCUAACACUCAGGGGGUUGGUUUGUGUUAUCUUCAGGCUUUGCCAGUGUCUUCUUUUAUAUCUCAAGGACUUUGAAAAUAAAGUCUACUUAAGUUUUGCUUAUUUUUCUAA